UACUCUCAUGGUUGUCAAGGAAGAUUACUUCAUCUAGAGUACUCGAUCGUCAUGAUUUUCCGGAUAAUUUUGUUUUUGGAACAGCUGCAUCGGCUUUUCAGGUAAUAUUUCAGUCGGUAAUAUUCGAUUUUUAAAAGGAAUAUUAUUAUUAUUAUUAUUAUUUUUUUUUUUUGAACAAAAAAGGAUUAUUAUUAUAAAAUGCAAUUCGUUAUGGAAGUUGUGUGACGUUGACAAAUUAUGCGGAAUCUAAUCCGUACGUAAUAUAAUUCCCGUUGAUGUGGAAGUAAGUUCAUAUUCCAAGAGUUUAUAAUUUUCCAUGCCAUAUAUAAGUCAGCCGAAUAUCAAUUUGAUACAGUUAAGAUGAUGUCGUUGGUUUUUUAUUCUUCACCCUUCAAAUGAUAUAGUUUGUAUUUUGUAAUAUUGGAUUAAAAAAAAGGGUAACUGUUAGUCUGUUACUAAAAAGGUAAAAAUUAAAGUUGCCCAUUAUAUAGUACGAAGGUGCAACAAGUGAAGGUGGGAAGUCUCCAACUAUAUGGGAUUACUCAGCCACACUUUUCCAGAAAGGACCAGUAUGGAGAAUGCAGAUGUAGCGGUCGAUUUUUACCAUCGUUAUAAGGAUGAUGUCAAAUUGAUGAAAGACUUAAAUAUGGACGCUUUCAGAUUUUCGAUUUCAUGGGCUAGAUUAAUACCUAGUGGAAAAGUAAAAGAUGGAGUAAACAAAGAAGGUGUACAAUUCUAUAAGGCUCUCAUCGACGAGCUUGUUGCUAACGGCAUUCAACCAUCAAUUACCCUCUACCAUUGGGACCAUCCUCAAGCACUCGAGGACGAGUAUGGUGGCUUUUUAAGCCCUCAGAUAGUAGAAGAUUUUCGAAAUUUUUCAAGAGUAUGUUUUGAGGAAUUUGGAGACACAGUUAAAAUGUGGACUACUAUAAAUGAACCUUAUGUCGUAACUGUUGCGGGCUACGAUGCGGGUAACAAAGCGGUUGGACGAUGUUCUAAAUGGGUGAAUAGUAAGUGUCAAGCCGGCGAUUCAGCUACCGAGCCUUACAUUGCAUCACAUCACCUUCUUCUUGCUCAUGCCGCAGCUGUCCAAGAGUUCCGAAAAUGUAACAAGACUUCACAAGAUGGUCAGAUUGGGAUAGUGUUAUCACCUUUGUGGUUUGAGCCUUAUGACUCUAGUUCUCCUGCCGAUAACGAAGCCGUUAAACGAGCUCUUGCCAUCGAACUAGAUUGGCAUUUAGAUCCAGUUAUUCAUGGGGAUUAUCCAGAAUUAAUGAAGAAACACAUCGGAAACAGAUUACCUUCUUUCACUCCGGAACAGUCUAAAAUGUUGAAAAAUUCAUCUGAUUUCAUUGGAAUUAACUACUAUACAGCCCGUUACAUUGCUCACCUUCCACACAUCGACCCUGCACGACCUCGAUUCGUAACCGAUCAACAGCUGAAAUGGACAGUUACAAAUCACAGUAAUCACCAAUUGGGACCAGGGGAAGAACGAGGCAUACUCCAAUCACAUCCAGAAGGUUUACGAAAAGUUCUUAACUACAUCAAAGAUAAAUACGAUAACCCUAUCGUCUAUAUAAAAGAGAACGGAAUCAAUGACUAUGACGACGGUACAAAAUCACGAGAGGAGAUUCUCAAUGAUACAUUUAGGAUGAGCUACCAUGAGGACCAUAUACAACAGCUCCACAAAGCUAUAACAGAUGAUGGAUGUGACGUGAGAGGAUAUUACGUGUGGUCUUUACUAGACAAUUUCGAAUGGGAGUAUGGAUAUUCCACUAGAUUUGGUCUGUACUAUGUAGACUACGACAACGAUCUCACCCGGUAUCCCAAAACUUCGGUUAACUGGUUCAAGCAGUUUCUCAACAAACCGGUGGUAAGGAAUGAAGAAACAGAGGAGGAGGAAGUAUGGGAUGUACUGUCACGUGAGGAAAGGUAUAAUAAGACUUUCGAUGAUUCAGAAGGUUUCGAGGCAUCCGUUGGUUCGAUUCUCUAUCUCAUGACGAACGUAUCAAGAAGACAAGAAGAAGAUGAUGAGAGAGAUCGAUGUGCUCUUGGAAAUCUUAAUCAUCAGUUAGGUUUCUUGUUGGGAUCAUAUAAUUAUUUGUGAUUUUACCUUUUCUUGAGUAGCCCUUAGGUAUCAUUAAAUUUUUUACGAGUUAUCAAAAUUGCCAAUGUAGGAAGACAAUUUAUGUAUAUGGAAU